AGUUAUAAACUGAGAGCGGGGGGAACCCUACUCUAAAAGGGGACUAGGGAGUCUGUGGCUUGGGAACGGGGAGUCUUGGGAGAGUGACUUGGGUUGGUCGGAGUUGCAUGCAGGACCGGGGUUCCUGAGCACCCCCCUCCUGGGACAGACACGCGAGAUGCCACCCUCGCCAAGGAAAUCUAUCAAGGAGCGCGAGCUGUUCUCCCUGACCUCAUCUCUACCAUGUUGCUCGUGGCUGAAGGUAGUUCUGUGCAGCCACAUGCGUAAUCUAUGGAUGGUGCUCAUGGCCCUCACUGUGCUCUGUGUGGCCAUCCAGAUCCUAGGAGUCGUCUGGCAAUCCAGGAAUGAUAAGAUGUUAAGCGAGAAGCUCCUGAAUGUGCAGUUCACCAUCAAGAUCCAGAGAACGCUCCCGACGGAGCAGAGGGACUGGGUACGCUUGCGCUCUUCGCACGCCCCUGUUGUAGAAGAGGAAAUGAGGUCACAGGAGGAAGGAGCUCUUAAACAACGGGCCAAAGGGAAGCAGAAGGUAGCAGAACAUCAACAUGGCAGAGAUGAGCCAGGGGUGGAGAGGCGUGUCCAGGAGCAUCACCAACAUCUAAAGCUCUCAUACACUGUCAAUAAGGUCAAAGACUCUAGGAAAGAGGCUAGGGGUAAAGUUUCAGCAGUAAACGCAGCCCUGCCCAAAGUCACACUGGGUGAUGAUGAGUUGCAUUUGGGAGUUCCUGGGGCUGUAGUUCUCCAGCUGGGCCACCCAUCUAUCAAAGUGGUAUCCACCUUACCUUACAAACCUCCCAAACUCCUCUCAACCAAUCAGCUGAAGAGUAGAAACAUCCCUGCCCCUUUAGGCACCAACUCUGUAGUUGCCGUGGUGAUAAAUGAGGUGAAAUCUGAGGUAGCCAGCGCCACCUGUCGGCCGAGGAACCACAUCGUCUUUCUCAAGACGCACAAAACGGCCAGCAGCACCAUCCUGAACAUCUUAUAUCGCUAUGGCGACAGCCGCAAUCUGACCUUCGCCCUUCCACUGAACAAGCACAGCCAGCUGUUCUAUCCCUUCUUCUUCGCCUCACACUUUGUAGAGGGAGUGAGGAGCCGCAGUGUCAAAGAGUUCCACAUCAUGUGCAACCACAUGAGGUUCAGACCACCAGAGGUGAGGAAAGUGAUGCCCCAGGACACGUUCUACUUCUCCAUCCUGAAGAACCCGGUUGCCAUGAUGGAGUCCAUUUUCAUCUACUACAAGAGCAUCCCCGCCUUCCACAAGGCCCGCAGCCUAGACGACUUCCUUGACAAUGGUUGGCGUGGUUACAACACCUCCCUGCCCAACAACCAUUAUGCCCGUAACAUCCUGACCUUUGACUUUGGCUUCGACAACAACGUCGCAACAGAGACACCCGGAGACCUGGAGACGCGGGGCGCCAAAGCCAUUGGCGCCAUUGAGCAGGACUUCCACCUCAUCCUCAUCUCAGAGUACUUUGACGAGUCCAUGAUCCUGCUCAAGCGCGCCCUCUGCUGGUCUCUGGACGAUGUCGUCUCCUUUAAGUUGAACAGCCGAAGCGAGCGCACACGGCACAUGCUCUCCCCGCACACCGCUGACAAGAUCAGAGCCUGGAAUGCCCUUGACUGGCAGCUCUACCUGCACUUUAACAUCACCUUCUGGCGACGCGUGGACGCUACUGUGGGGCGUGAGGAGAUGAGACGGGAGGUGACUCGGCUGCAGGAGCGACGUGCCGAACUAGCCAAAACCUGCCUGAAGGAUGGUGGUGCAGUGGACCCAUCGCAGGUGAAGGAUGCCGGGCUGAAGCCCUUCCAGUACGGGGCGGCCAUCAUCCAGGGCUACAACCUGAACCCUGGGCUGGUCGGGCCUACCAAAACACACUGUCAGAACCUGGUCACUCCAGAGCUGCAGUACACAGACACUCUCUACACCAAGCAGUUCCCCGAGCUUGCCGCCAGGCAGAGACAGGCUGCCAAACUGGUCGCCUCACAGCGUCAGCCUAGUUCAGUUAAGGUCAACCCGAACAAAGCAGCCAUGACAGGGCCGGUGAGGGUGAGAGAGGCCAGACACAGUAGGACAGCCAGGAGUGGACAUAGAAACCCUCAUGCUCAGAAACAAAAUGACCUCCACUCAAGUGCCCUGUCUAAAAUCACUGCAGCUAGAAGUGACAGAAACAUGCCUUAAGGGGGGGCUCUUUCAACACAGACUGGGGACUAGUGGGACGAUCCACAGGAGCUCAUUGCUGCUGCGUACCGGGGUCUUUUUAAGCUGAACAGCCAAUGGCUAUGUUUUGUCUAUACAGUGAGGACCUUUCGCUGCACAUUAUGUUCACUCUGGCUGGCUGCAGUGCACAGGGCCAGUUGGCUGACUUUGGCGGCACUAGGAUAAGCUCUAGUGUUUCUGCCAAACGAUGCUGGAUCUGUGUGGGUGGAGGGGAUGGAGUUGGGGGACGAGAGAAGGAAGAGUAGGAAAGAGAAGGAGAGUGCACCUGGGGUGACUUGGGCCUUGACUGGUUGGACUGGAAGUAGCCUUUUGUGGCACACAUCUCCCAAACCCCCUCAUCUAAUAUUUCCCCUUGAUCUUGUUACACCCUGAGGUUUACAAUUUGAACCCUUGGGGUGUACAGUCGUGGUCAAAAGUCUUGAGAAUGACAAAAAUAUUAAUUUUCACAAAGUCUGCUGCCUCAGUUUGUACGAUGGCAAUUUGCAUAUACUCCAGAAUAUUAUGAAGAGUGAUCAGAUGAAUUGCAAUUAAUUGCAAAGUCUCUCUUUGAAAUGCACAUUCAUUGAAUUCCCCCCAAAACAUGGCCACUGCAUUUCAGCCCUGCCACAAAAGGACCAACUGACAUCAUGUCAUUAAUUCUCUCGUUAACACAGGUGUGAGUGAUGAGUGAUUAUGCAAGAAUGGGCUGCCAUCAGUCAGGAUGUGGCCCAGUUAAUUUACAGCAUGCCAGGGUGGAUUGCAGAGGCCUUGAAAAAGAAGGGUCAACACUGCAAAUAUUGACUCUUUGCAUCAACUUCAUGUAAUUGUCAGUAAAAGCCUUUGACACUUAUGAAAUGCUUGUAAUUAUACUUCAGUAUUCCAUAGUAACAUCUGAACAAAAUAUCUAGACACUGAAGCAGCAAACUUUGUGGAAAUGAAUAUUUGUGUCGUUCUCAAAACUUUUGGCCACGACUGUACUAUGGUUUGAAUGGGACAUACUUGAUACCAUUGAUUAAAUUGAUUGGGGUUGGGUAAGACCUGAAGUACAGUCUGUCUGCUAACACCAAAAGACAAGCAAAUACCUCCACUUUACCAUGUGGUCUCUCAUUUAGACAGGAAAUAUCUCAGGUCUCAUUUCUCUGAGUUGAUCUAAUCUUUACUCAGAGAUAAGGUGGCUCAAUUUGGAGAUGAAUAAAAUACAUGAUGGUCUGGUAAAUAUGUAGACAUCAGAGGAGGCUGGUGGGAGGAGCUAUAGGAGGAGAACGAGCUCAUUGUAAUGGCUGGAAUGGAAUCAAUGGAAUGGUUCCAAACACAUCAAAACCAUGAAAACAAGGUGUUUGACUCCGUUGCAUUGAUUCAAUUCCAGCCAUUAGAAUGAGCCCAUUCUCCUAUAGCUCCUCCCACCAGCCUCAUCUGGUAGAGAUUUAAGGGAAAUUGGUUUUCGUCAAGAUGUAGUCAAGAUGUAUAGAAAUACAAUUCCAGAAUGUUUAACUUAAGAGCACAUCUGAUACCACCUAAAGAGAGCAAGGGCUUGUAACAUUCUGUAAUAAUAGAUUUGUACAUAAACUCAAAUGCAGACAGCAGAAAGUUCCUAGAAUUGUAUCAUCCUGGGAAUCACAUUAAAAUAUUGUAUUUCUUAGAAGA